AUGCAGACAUUAAGGAAGAAAACUUCGCCCCUUAAAUAUCGUAAUGAGCCUGCCAGAUUUUUCGGUGAUGGAGUCGUUUUUAAGGCAAAAUUGAUUGGAAUUUUAGAAGUUGGUGAGGCGCGAGGUGAUCGAAUGUGUCAAGAGGCCUUACAAGAUUUAAAAAUUGCAAUUAGAGCUGCUGGAGAGCAUAAGCAACGCAUCACUAUUCAUGUAACAAUUGAAGGAUUGAGACUAAGAGAUGAGAAGACGGGCGAAUCACUUUAUCAUCAUCCUGUUCAUAAAAUUUCAUUUAUUGCACAAGAUAUGACGGACUCGAGAGCCUUUGGGUAUAUCUUUGGAUCACCCGAUUGUGGUCAUCGAUUCUUUGGCAUUAAAACCGAUAAAGCUGCUAGUCAAGUUGUUUUGGCCAUGAGGGAUCUUUUUCAGUGUGUGUUUGAGUUAAAGAAGAAAGAAAUCGAAUUGGCGAAACAACACAUUCAAAAUCGUAUUACGGCUCAUGAGCAUCAACAAAUAAAAAAUUCAAUUUUAGAGCAUAAGAAAACUACUUCAAGCUUGUUGAGUGAAGCGAGGUCAACACCAAAGCCAGAGAAAUCGCCAGAAACUACUGCUAAUUUAGUUGAUCUCGAACAAGAAUUAAGUUCCAUACAAAGAGGCAUAACACAGAUGGAACGAAUAACGCCAAAUGACGAUGCACCGACUAAAAAUGUUUUAGAUGAUGAUCCAUUUGGCGAUAGUUUUAGCACUAGUUUCUCAUCUACUCCCUUUAAUAUUUUACCGCCUCCUUCCACGGCCAAAUCUAGAAGUCAGCAACAAAAACAAAGCGAAGAUGAUCCGAUGAGUGACUUGAUUAUCGGAAAAACUUCUUCGAACUCACCACUUCCACAACAAAAUCCACAAUCUUCAAUUGACUCAUGGCUUCAAACAACACAAACAACAUCGUCGUCUAUUUUUAAGGACAACAGUGAUACAACAAAGAUUGAUGAUGGGUUGUCUAAAAUCACCAAAACAUUUGACGAUAAUCUAGAUCCACUUGGUACGGGAAAAUCCAAACCUUAUGUUGAUAAGAAAUACUUUUUCCAGGAUUUAAAAAAUCCUCCAAAGAAGGUCCUCAAAGAUUUAUCAGAACACGAUAGCAUUUUCGAUGCACACUUCUCGCCAUUAAAGCGACCGAUUGGAAUUCAAGGUUUCAGCCUAGACUCGAGCUUAACAACAGGAAAUACGUCACUGGUUGAAAACUCAAAGAUUAUUGAUCAAUUUGAUGAUGAAGACUUUUCAAAAAUUAAUAUCGAUCAGUUAGAAUCAUCAUCUACAACAACUACCAAAUCAAUAUCUCCAAAUCAGAAAUCUAUCAUACUCCCAGACACGAAAAUUUCCUCCAUCAGUGAAGAUAAACCAAAGAUUGAAGAUAAGUUAAAUGACUUUAAAAGUUUUAGUACAGAAGCGCCUACUGAAUCGUGGGCAUCUCCAAAUUAUUCUGAUUUGAGAAGACAAGGCUCCGAUGGAUCAGUUAAAAAUGUCUUUUCAGUUGAUUCUUUCUCGAAGAAGCUCCCAAAACCAAAUAUAUUCGGACAAAGAAAUGUGAAGAGAGAUUCCAACGGAAUCAAUAUGAGACGAUUACAGGAAAGUGAUUCGUUAAGUGAAAACGAACCAGAGUUACCUCCUCGAUUGCCUGAUUCAAGUACACAUGAGCCUCCUCCUUUGCCUCCAAAGAAUCAAAAAGACUCGUCUUCUAAUGAACAAAUUGACAGACAUCGCUUUAAUCGUGUACCUGUCAAACAACGUGAAUCUCGAUAUGAUUAUGCGAAUAAGUUUAACUCAAACUCAUCUGAUUCACCUCCUAUUCCAUUACCAAGUCGAAAAAUAAAUCGCACAGAAAUAAGCAUUUCUUCAAAGUCAUCUAAAAAGUCAAAUAAUAAUGAUGAUGAUGACUAUUUAACGCCUAAUCCAUCUCAUGAUUCAUUCCCAACAUUACCGCCUCCUCCACCAUCCAAAUUUCGAGGACCAAAAAAAUCUGAUACCGAUCCUAAAAAUCUUGAUGCCCCAACUCCUCCCAUAUCUGCUAGAUCAGAUUACACAUCAAACCCAUCAUCAAUCAUACCGGAUAUUACAUUGAGUCAAUUACUAACUUUAGGAAUAGAUGAUUUAGCACACAAAUUAAAUGUCCCACCAUCAAAAUUAAAUACAAUGACAUUAGUGGAACUUACCACAUAUUUGGCUGAAUUCAUUGAAAAGUCUAAACAAACAAAAGCUGUCAAUGAAACACCGCUCGAGUCACCAGUAUUUAAAGUGAAUUUCGAUGAUGCUGUUUUUGAAGCGAAAUUCGAUGAUAAUUUUGGCGAAAUACAAUCUCAGACAACAACACAAAGCAGCUCAUUUGUUGCAAACUUUGAUCAUUUUAAUCAGCCCCCGAUCUCAGUAAUUCCUACAGCCGAUCGAUAUGCUGUUUUUAGAGAAAUUAUCGAUCAGGAUAUUCAACAAUCUUUUGAUGGUCAUCAUCAAGAAUCAAUUGAAUCCAAUAAUUCAAAUUCUAUGGAUGAAGGGCAAGACAGUCCAUUUGAUUUUGCCCGUGGUGGUUUUAACAAUCAAUUUGAAUCACCACUUGAUAAUCAAUUUAAACAAAGUCCUAUAACGACGCAGUCAUCGAAAAUUGAUAAUAAAAUAACUGAAGCAUUAUCAGGCGUUAAAGAUCGUUAUGCUGCAUUACGAGAACUAAGAAAUAUCGUUUUAGUUGAGGAUCUUUUUGAUAAAUCUCCAAAACCACCACUUGCUUCUAUAUCAGAUUCAAACUUGAGUGAUGAUAUUGCCGAUGAUAAUUCAAGCUUUAAUCAGCAAGUUUUCGAGACAGCUGAAGUUGCUGAUAAUAAUUCACUCGAAAAUGUCCCAACAUAUAGUAUAUCGUGGGCUGAUGCUGAAGAUAAUGAAGGAAUUAAUUCCGAGAAUACCGUUGAGAAUCAAAUUCAGCUUGAUGAUCAACCACAAAAGUCUAAUUUAUUUUCUACAAGCAAUAAAGACGAUUUGGAAAUUGACGAAUAUAUGAAUAAAGCGAUAUCUGAAUUGUCGCUUGAUCAACGACUUUCUCCAAACAUACAAAGCAAAUCAUCACCUCAUAAAGUAGAUGAGGAAAGCAAUUUCUCCAAACAAUCAUCACCGCUACCUGUUGAGCAAAGAAAAUUGUCGCCUAGCUUGAAUGAUAUGAUGGCAUCUCCUAAUAAUGUAAUUCAAGUCCACGAGUCGAAAUUAGACGAGACAUUGAAGGCAGAUUUCGAGUCAACGAAUAAAAAUACUUCAAAAGAAAACAUAAUUGAAGAUGCAAUAGAAAACAAUGAUAAUAAUAACAAUAUUGAUGAUAGUCGAGAGAAAACUAUAACACCAAAUGAUGUGAAACCGGUUGAUGCAUCAGAAUCAUGGGCCGUUUUUGAACAAGAUGAUACGAAGGUUAUUCAAACAGAUACAAUGCAAGGUCGUUCGAAACAAGAACAAGAAUCUAAUUCAUCAGAUGGCAAGCCAGAAUGGAAAAUUAGAGAAAAGGAAUAUCAUAAAAGAUGGCCUAAACCACCACACACAUCCUCAUCAUCGAGAGAAGCUAGCCCUUGGGAUGAUGAUCCUUCAGAUCAAAGAAAACGUUCACAUAAUGUACAUCCUCCACCGCCUCAUUAUCAUUCGACAGAUCGAUAUGCUCGACCACCAGCUCCACGUCGUCGCAUGAAUUCGCACGAAGAAGAGUAUGAUGACGAUUAUGAGAGAAGGAGAGUUAGAGUAGCUGCAAAACCACCAAUUCAUCGUAGUAAAGAAAUGUUAGAAAAUGAAAAUUGGUAUCAUAAUGAUCAGCAUUGGUAUCCAGAUGAGGAAGAUGAUGAACAAGAAAGAAUGGAGAGAACUCCACGUCCAUUCGAUAGAAAUGCUUAUGAAAGAAGCACUUACGGACCACCUUAUGAUAAACGAGAUUCCAGAAAUUAUCAGGGAUAUGAUAGGAGAGCGUAUGAUAAACGUUCAAAAUAUUAUCGUUCCUAUAACCGUCCAGAGUACGAUUAUGAACAUCCUUAUGAUAUGCCACCACCUCCACCUCCAACAAGUAGAGGAAAACCAAGAAAAGAAUAUGAUGAAUAUGAAGGUAAUUUCGAAAGGGGUGCAAGGGAAACUAGAAGUGCUAGAGAAUAUUUCUAUGAUAGAGAUAGACGUAGUUUUGAUAGUAAUGAAUCAUAUGAUAGUGGUAGAAUGAACCGUAUGAAUAGUGGAGAAUUACAUGGAAGUUAUGAAAGUGGAAGAGGUGAUUAUCGUGAACGAUAUGCAUCUCAAGGACGAAUGUCGAGAAGAAAUCAACGAUCUAGAGGUACAAUAGAAGAUGAUUCCGAUGAAGUUCCUCCAAGACGACCAUCAGGCGACACAGGAAGUUUGCAGAGACCUCAAGGUGUUAGAACAAAGCAUUCAAAUAUUAAAUUAGAUGAUGAAGUAUGGGGAAAUGCUGCAAAAUAUUGGAAACGACCUGCAAGUGCUACGGCGGGUGAUCGAAUGUCUGGCUCGGGUGGAUUAUCAGGAUCAGAUGGUGAACGAGAUAAAAGACAUCGUAGAAAAACGAGACAAAGAAGUAAGGAAGUUGAAUUAAGGUCAAAUUAUGCGACUAUAAGAUAUCCUGGUCAGGAACAACGAAGAAAAGAAUAUUAUGAUUUUGAAGACGAUCCUAAUGAUGAACCAGUUCCAAGCAAUGCAUCACCUCGAUUCCAAGCAAUGGAUAGCAGAGAUUAUUAUGCAAAGAAGAAACAACAACAUGCUACUGCAAAUGUACGAACUAGUACAACCCCAAGAAGUGAAAAUAAGAGCUUUAGUGAAUAUGUAAAACCAAGAUAUGCUUCACCAUAUGAAGAUUCAAUAGGAGAUGAAAAUUUUGACGAAGAACAUCGAGGACAAGGAAAAAAUCAAAACUUUAAGAAAAGUACUAGUAAAGACAUUUUCAUAGACGAAUCAAAAGAACAUUUUACUGGAAACAAUGAUGUACAUCAAAAAAGACAAACAAUUGUAAAACGAACUGAAUUUAGCUCGGAGGAGCAAUCUACUCAACCACCAGUACCACAACCUAGUAACAAGUUUGCAUUUGACGGAUUCGAAAGCGAUUUCACAACUUCACCGAAACAACAAAAUGAUCAAAAGAGCGAACCACCCAAGUUUACUUUUGAGGAAAGAGAAUUUUCAUCUGUAUCGCCUAAUACUGCAAAAAAUGGAAAUAGUCAACAAAAGCUAAGAUUUAACGAGAAUGUUUCAGUCUCAAAGUUUGAUAAGAAUGCUUCUUCUCAACAAAUGUUUGAGGAUGAUUUCCUUCAAUCAUGGACUCCAUCUGAAGCACCACCCACUGUAGGAGGGACACAGAUGCAAUCGAGUUUGAAGAAGACUGCCGUAAAAGGAAAUGUUGUUUUUACAAGACAAGAGAAUAUUAAAAAAUCUGAUUCAGUUAAUAUUUUUGCACGAAAAUCUGAUGAAGAUCCGUUUGAAAAUGACGAUUUUUUUAGCGGUGGAGAUGGUGGAAAUGAAAAGCCUGAAGAAGAUCCAUUUCAUUGGGACAGUAAAAAUAAUUUUGCAAAUUUUGAUGAUAAUAAAAAUAUCUGA